AACUAACCGCUCUUUAUAACGUACACCUUCUUUCCGGGCUUCUGGCGGGUGACCGGCGUGAGGUAAAGUCGAUGAAAUCCUCACCUAUUCUUCGAAGGAGUUUAAUCUCCGUAUUCAAUCAAUCAUUCCGCCAGAACGGCCCCAACCGUCUCCGGAACAUAUGCUCGCGGUGCUGGAGACAGCAACGGCAACAACAACAAGUCCGUUUCGCACAUACCCCGGCAGAUGACCCGAAUUGGAUCUCCGUUGCAGAUAAUCCUUCGAAGCUUGUACGAACCGGCCACAAACAUGGUCCCGGAUUGAUUUUACUUGCUCUUAUUCCUAUCACUGCUUUCGCCCUCGGAACAUGGCAGGUGCAGCGACUUGACUGGAAAACCAAAUUAAUAACAAAAUUUGAAGACCGCCUCAUUAAACCCCCGCUCCCUCUACCCCCUGUCGUCGAUCCUGAUGCCGUAUCCGAUUUCGACUAUCGUCGCGUAUAUGCUAAGGGCCGUUUUAGACACGAUCAGGAAAUGUUGAUUGGCCCCCGGAUGUACGACAGUAAAGAUGGAUACCUAGUAGUCACGCCGUUCGAAAGAGGAGACGGGGAGAGCACGAUUCUCAUCAGUCGAGGUUGGAUUUCAAAGUCUCUGAAAAACCAAAAAGAUCGGCCUGAGGGGCUACCGCAGGGAGAGGUUGUUGUGGAAGGACUGCUUCGGUCUCCUUGGAAAAAAAAUAUGUUCACUCCUGAUAAUAAACCAGAGGAGGGAAAGUUCUACUUCCCGGACGUGAAUCAAAUGGCUGAGUUUACGGGUAGCCAACCAAUAUGGGUUGAGGAAACUAUGCAACCGGAACUGCUGGAACAGUAUCACAGAGAAGCUAACGGUAUACCGAUUGGGCGUCCUCCGGAAGUCAACCUCAGAAAUAACCAUACCCAGUAUAUUUUCACCUGGUAUGGUCUUUCUUUGGCCACAUCGGUAAUGUUAUGGAUGGUAGUUCGAAAGAAGCCGAAUACCGCCGCCCGGAGAAUUCGACAAAGUAAGAACUGGUAG